AGUAAGCAGCGUCGCUUCACUUUACUUAACGGACAUUUUACUGGGAGACGAGUCCAAACCUGCUGUGGACAGAAAAGAGUGGACUGGUGGCUGAGAGCUCAGUUCAGACUGGUUUGUGCUUUGAGCUGUUUGGUUCCUGCAGAGCUGAAGAAGGACGACGGUGGAGCUCAGGAGAGGAGCAGAAAGCUGUUGGACUGCAACAAGUUGAGUGGCUGCAGGUUUUCACCAACAUGGAAAGGAUCCAUCAGAACCCAGGACCAGAACCAGAACCAGGACCAGGACCAGAACCAGGACCAGGACCUGGACCUGCACCCAGCUGUGUGUCCUUUAAGAGCGAUGACUCAAAGGGUUUUUUAAUUCACUUUAAAGGAGAUGGAGCUCCUGCUGCUCAGAGAGUGGACCAGCAGAACUCUGAGGUUCUCAGAGCUCAGUCUGACCAGCAGCAUCACCUGGACUCCAUAUUCAUGCUGCUGGAGGACAACAUGGUGACUUUUGUGAAGAAGGAGCUGAAGAAGAUGCAGAAGGUUGUGAGUCCAGAUUACCCAGAACGCUCAGAGAGUCAGAGGGAGGAUGAGGAGAAGUUGGAGAAUGAUGAUGAAGAUCAGAGGAGCAGCAGAGAGAUAUUUCAGCAGAUCACAGUGUUGUUCCUGAGGAGGAUGAAGCAGGAGAAGCUGGCUGACUGUCUGCAGAGCAAACUUGCCGCUGCAGUUUGUAGACGUAAACUUAAAUGUGGUCUGAAGAAGAAGUUCCAGAGAGUGUUUGAGGGCAUCGCUAAAGCAGGACAGUCGACCCUCCUGAAUGAGAUCUACACAGAGCUGUACAUCACAGAGGGAGGGACUGCAGAGGUCAAUGAUGAACAUGAGGUCAGACAGAUUGAAGCAGCAUCCAGGAAAGCAGACAGAGCAGAAAGAAGCAUCAGACCAGAAGACAUCUUUAAAGACUCACCUGGAAGAGAUGGACCAGUCAGAACAGUGAUGACACAGGGAGUGGCUGGCAUCGGGAAAACAGUGUUAACACAGAAGUUGACUCUGGACUGGGCUGAAGACAAAAGCAACCAGGACAUCCACUUCAUGUUUCCAUUGACUUUCAGAGAGCUGAAUGUGCUGAAAGAGAGAAAAUUCAGCUUGGUGGAACUUGUUCAUCACUUCUUCAGUGAAACCAAAGCAGCAGGAAUCUGCAGGUUUGAAGACUUCCAGGUUGUGUUGAUCUUUGACGGUCUGGAUGAGUGUCGCCUUCCUCUGGACUUCCACAACAAUGAGGUCCUGACUGAUGUUACAGAGUCCACCUCAGUGGAUGUGCUGCUGACAAACCUGAUCAGGGGGAAUCUGCUUCCCUCUGCUCGCCUCUGGAUAACCACACGACCUGCAGCAGCCAAUCAGAUCCCUCCUGACUGUGUUGACAUGGUGACAGAUGUCAGAGGGUUCACUGACCCACAGAAGGAGGAGUACUUCAAGAAGAGAUCCAAAGAUGAGGAGCAGGCCAGCAGCAUCAUCUCCCACAUUAAAGCAGCACAAAGCCUCCACAUCAUGUGCCACAUCCCAGUGUUCUGCUGGAUCACUGCUACAGUUCUGGAGGAGCUGCUGAGAACCAGAGAGGGAGGAGAUCUGCCCAGAACCCUGACUGAGAUGUACAUCUACCACCUGGUGGUUCAGACCAAAGUCAAGAAGGUCAAGUAUGACAGAGGAACUGAGACAGAUCCACACUGGAGUCCAGACAGCAGGAGGAUGAUUGAGUCUCUGGGAAAACUGGCUUUUGAGCAGCUGCAGAAAGGAAACCUGAUCUUCUAUGAGUCCGACCUGACAGAGUGUGGCAUCGAUAUGGAAGCAGCCUCAGUGUACUCAGGAGUGUUCACACAGAUCUUUAAAGAGGAGAGAGGGCUGUACCAGGACAAGGUGUUCUGCUUUGUCCAUCUGAGCGUUCAGGAGUUUCUGGCUGCAGUCUACAUGUUCCACUGUUACACCAACAGGAAGGAGAAGGUUCUGGAGGACUUCCUGGGAAAAGACUGGAAAGAUGAGGGGAGAGACACUCUGGACGUGUUCCUGAACAGAGUCAUGGAGAAGUCCCUGAGAAGUAAAAAUGGUCUCCUGGAUCUGUUUGUUCGCUUCCUUCAUGGCCUCUGUCUGGAGUCCAACCAGAGACUCUUCGGAGGUCUGCUGGGUUGGACAGAGAACCGUUCAAUGAUCCAGAGACUCUUCGGAGGUCUGCUGGGUCGGACAGAGAACCAUCCAGAAAUGAUCCAGAGAGUCAUCAACAACCUGAAGAAGAUGAACAGUGAUGAAAUGUCUCCAGACAGGAGCAUCAACAUCUUCCACUGUCUGAUGGAGAUGAAGGAUCUCUCAGUACAUCAGGAGAUCCAAGAGUUCCUUCAGUCAAAGAACAGAUCAGAGAAGGAACUCUCUGAGAUCCACUGCUCAGCUCUGGCCUACAUGCUGCAAAUGUCAGAGGAGGUUCUGGAUGAGUUGAACCUGAACAUGUACAGAACAUCAAAGGAGGGAAAACGGAGACUGAUUCCAGCUGUGAGGAACUGCAGAAAGGCUCGACUUUAUAACUGUGAACUCUCAGAGAGUCACUGUGAAGUCGUGGCCUCAGCUCUGAAGUCCAACCCCUCCCAUCUGAUAGAACUGGACCUGAGUGGAAACAAGCUGCAGGAUUCAGGAGUGAAGCAUCUUUGUGAUGGACUGCAGAGUCCAAACUGUAAACUGGAGACUCUCAGAUUGAUUGGCUGCAGGUUGUCAGAGAUCAGCUGUGAUUCUCUGGUCUCAGCUCUGAAGUCCAACCCCUCCCAUCUGGAACAUCUGGACCUGAGCUGGAACAACCUCCAGGAUUCAGGAGUGAAACAUCUGAGUGGUUUUCUGGAGAGUCCAGACUGCAUCCUGAAGACUCUGGGAUUGAUGAGCUGCAGUUUGUCAGAGAUCAGCUGUGAUUCUCUGGUCUCAGCUCUGAAGUCCAACCCCUCCCAUCUGAUAAUUCUGGACCUGAGAGGAAACAAGCUGAAGGAUUCAUCAGUGAAACAUCUGUUAGAUCUUGUGGAGAGUCCAGACUGCAGCCUGAAGACUCUGAGAUGGAAGUGAUGCUGAUCAGGACGGUGUUUGUGCUGAGAGGAUGAAGUGUGUCCUGAUGAUCCAGAUGUUGAAGCAGCAGCAGCUGGUGUGUAGAGACUCUGACUGGACCAUGUUACUGCACUGUAAAACAUCAGGAAUUCAUUCAGUCACAUCAACUCAUCUGUUCUAGUUUACUUUAGAGAAAUACAGGAGUUUUACUAAUUACUAAAUAUUUGAACUUAAAAUGUUUCAUUUUUCUUUUCAAACCACUUUAGAACUAAAAACAUGAAUUGAAUGAAUGAACAGCUCAGAGUUCACUCAACUCAUUAAAUUAAGUUCACAAGAAACAAAACAAACACAGAUUUCCCCGUUAAUGUUCACAUGAUACCAUGACUGUAAAAAAUGAUCAUUAUUUUACAACCAGUUCUGUUUGUUUUGUUCAAUUACAAACAAUAUCUAGUAAAAUCCCAGAAAAGUAUUAACUUCCAUGUUCAACUGUAAAUAAUGUCCACAUCAAUAGGGUUAGGUAUUUUAAUAAAUAGUCAUUUGUUCUUUAACAACAUUUUUACUUUAUUUUAAUCAGCAACAAAUCACAUUAUUUUACAGAUAUUUGUCCUCAUUUUAAAGACUAUUUAUGUUUAUUAAAGAUUGAAAAUGAGAAAUAUUUUAACACUUAAUUGACAUUUUUGCUGUGUUUUGUUAAAUUACAGAUAAUCUGGAAUAAAAUCACAGAAAAAAUGUUCAUUUAUUCAGAAUGUUUGCUGUAAAAAAAAAGAUGAAUAAUGUGAACAUUAAAAUUCACUAUUUUAAUAAAUGUUCAUUUGUUCUUUUAUACCAUUUAACUCUCACACUCUUGUUUAUUGAACUUAAAUCAGCAAAAAAUAUCAUUUUUCCAGAAUCUGAAGGACAAACUAUGUAUAUGUAUACGAUAUAUAUUAAUUCUAUUAAAGGCAGAAAUGAUUCCAAAGCA